CUUCCCUUGAAGGAGAAAACAGCACUACACUGCAGAUGCAAGUUCAUUUAACUACAACCACAGCAACAGAAGAGAAACCUUGAUUUGUAACCCUCCCUUGAAGCAGGCUGUCUGACACAAUGGUCCCCAGUUCUCUUCCAGCUCAGAAUUUCUAUUGGGAGAUGGCAGGCUCCCAUCCAUUUCUACACGCUCCCAAACCUCCAGGAUUCGGAAAUUCGGGGAAGAGUUUUCUUAUUGACAAUCUGUUGAAGGCUGGGGAUUCGCAGGACUCUUCAGCCCCCUGGGUCCCUGUGAGUCCCAUACCAGUUAAACUGUGUCCAACUGCGGAACAAAUCAGCCCCUCAGGAGGUCCAUAUAGUACAAGAUGGGGUUUUCAGCUUGUUAACCCCUCAGACAGACAGCGUGCCCAGUCUCCAAACAGGGAACUGCUCCUGCAGCCUCAACCAGUUUUCUUGAAGAAUGUCUUUCCAAGGGCUCCACAGUUUCUUGUGGCCUGCUGUGGUGGGUCUUGUCCUCUCCCUGCCCCCCCUACUGCUUUUUCAAGCUGGUCUGUGUCAGGACUACCCAGCUGCCAUUUUUAG